UUUAAGUGGCACUUUAAUACUUUUUUAAGUUCCAAAAGGCGAAUAAUUGUCUCUUUGAAACUGAACAGAAAAUUAAAAACCGUAAACAAGUAUAGUUGGCAAGACCUAGUUAAAUUUAGUUCUAGCCCCGAUUUACCGUGACAGCUUACAGCUUAUAUCUAGCAUAGAGCCUUACGGCGGUCGUAUUGUCGUCCUUCUGCUCCGAGCGACUUUCAUCGCGGAGGCUUGGACGCGCAGGCUUCGACGCGACGGCGCAUGCGCACUGCAGCAGUGCCGACCUAACCGCACCGACGUUAGCACGCGGACCAACAUCAAACUUAAACUUAAAGUUAUGAUUAAAACUUAAAUUGGACUUAGUGCUCGUCUUUGUGCCUAAUGGUAUAAGUGAACUAGUGUUCGGACUAUUAUUUGGACAGUGUUAGAACGAUGAUGAUAUCAAGAACGUUACUAGCAGCAUUAUGCUGCGCAUACGCCGCGGCACUAUCGCCGAUCGCGCCGCUGACAGGCGUCGGCGACAGCGGCGACUGCGCGCUCUACCUCAACGGGCCCGGGCGCACCUCCGCCUAUGACUACAGCAUCAACCUGCUUAAGGGCAACUUUGGAUAUGAAGGACAAGCGAAUUGCAUCACUUACGAAGCGAUAAAUCAGGCUUAUCUCGAAGCAAGAAACCGAAUUUUGGUAUCACAGCCAAAAGGGGAUUGGAAGGCUGAAGACUUCGCGAGCGUCGGAGAGCUGAUCCUCGACAUAUCCAUCAGCCUUGCCCGGAGAUACGCCCUUACUUACGAAGAGGUGGAGAAGGGUUUACCUCUGAUCGACACCUCCCGCACUCUGAUCAGAGAAGUUUGUCCUCCAGUGUUCUCUCACGUAGAAUGUCGUGCCGGCAAGUAUCGAAGACUGGAUGGACUCUGCAACAACCUGCAACACCCCACGUGGGGCGCUACCAUGGCUCCUUUCCAAAGAUUAAUAGGUCCACUUUUCGCGGACGGCAUCAACGCGCCGCGUAUCGCUCACCACGGAAAAGAUCUGCCACUUUCACGUGUUGUGUCCCGUACUAUGCAUCCCGAUGAAGGGUUCCACGAUCACGCCGGUACCGUCAUGGUCAUCGCCUGGGGACAGUUUAUGGAUCACGAUUACACGCUUACCGCCACUCCCCUUGACCCUGUAAACCGUAACGACCCCGAGGAGUGCUGCAAGCGUCCUCCUCACCUUAAGCAUCCCUACUGUAACGAGAUCCGCAUUCCUGAUGACGAUUACUUCUACCGUCUGUUCGGAGUCAAGUGUAUCGACUUUGUUCGAGGAUUCCCCUCGCCAAGACCCGGCUGCCGUCUGGGAUCAAGGGCUCCUUUCAACACUCUUACUGGAGCCAUAGAUGGAAACACCGUGUACGGUGUCACUGAGAAAUUCGCAAGAAAGCUUCGUACAGGUUUCGGUGGUUUGUUGAGAAUGAACCCAGUUUUCAAAGAGUACGGCCUUAAGGAUCUGUUGCCGCUCAAACUUGACAUCCCCGAUGAAGGAUGCACCAGGCCCAACAAGAAUAUGUACUGUUUCGAAGCUGGUGAAAUCCGUGUGAACGAACAGUUAGUUUUGACCGUAAUGCACACGCUUAUGGCCCGUGAACAUAAUAGAGUCGCGAAUGCUCUCGCAGAGGUCAAUCCGCAUUGGGACGACGAGACGCUAUUCCAAGAAGCGAGGCGCAUCAACAUCGCCGAGAUACAACACAUUACAUACAACGAGUUCUUGCCCAUCCUACUCGGAAAAGAUGUUAUGGAGAAGUUCGGUCUAGUUCUGGAGAAAGAGGGUUACUGGGACGGUUACGAUCCCGAAGUGAACCCUGACGUCAUUGCCUCAUUCGCUGCUGCCGCGUAUCGAUUUGGACAUUCAUUGUUGCCUACUGCUGUGGAAAGAUGGUCCAAGGCACACAAGUUUAUUGCAUCGAAGAGACUUUCGGACUUGAUUCGUAGGCCAUACGACUUAUACAGAGCUGGUGUUCUUGACGAAUACGUCAUGGGUCUGAUGAACCAAGUUGCACAAGCUAUGGACGACUCCAUCACCCAAGAGGUCACCAACCAUCUCUUCAAGAAGGUCGGAGCACGUUUCGGAAUGGAUUUGGUGUCAUUCAACAUGCAGAGAGGUCGUGAAUUUGGUCUACCUGGCUACAUGGAGUUCAGAAAGUUCUGCGGACUACCUCCAGCUGAUACUUUCCAAGACCUGUUUGGAUCUAUGCCUAAUGCCACCGUACAGAAAUACGAAACAAUCUUCGACCACCCAAUUGAUGUGGAUCUUUGGUCUGGUGGUGUAUCCGAGCGUCCUCUCCCUGGUUCCAUGUUAGGACCCACUUUCGCUUGCGUCAUUGCCACUCAGUUCUCCUACUCUAGACGUGGUGACAGAUUCUGGUUCGAGUUACCAAACCAGCCAUCAUCAUUUACUCCGGAACAGCUCGUUGAGAUCAGGAAGGCACGUUUGGCGCGUGUUAUUUGCGACAACACUGACAUUAUCGACACCGUUCAGUUGUACCCCAUGGUCUUGCCUGACCACGAAUUGAAUCCUCGCGUGCCAUGCAGAAGUGGUAUUAUCCCCUCAAUGGACUUCAGCAAGUGGGCUGAGCCCGCGCCUUUCCACGGCGCCGCGAAACAAUAUGUGAGUAGCUUCACAUACGACCCUUACUUGGGCAAGAAAUAGUCGCACAGUAGAGUAUUUACCUAGUGUAAUGUUUUAGUCAACAGUGUAACUGUAAUAGUUCAAGCUAGACGAGUCUGUGUUUGAUGGUAGUCGAUGGUUUUCUCACGUGUAAAAUGGUUAGAGAGCUUACAUAGAAUUUGUCGAAUUUUCUUCGUGAUGUAAAUUCAUUUUUUUAAAUCUCUUAAAUGUUUCAACAACAUAGUUAUGUACGUAGUACGCGUAUUUAUGCAUCAUUAAGAUUUCGACAAAAUUUUGAAGUAAGCUCUCAAAUGAUUGCUUGAACUUUUAACAUUGACCUUUUAUUGUGUUGUUUCCAUUAAGUAUUAUCAACGAUUUUGUGCAAAGGUCUUUGUUAAGGUUUUCUACACUAGUAGUUCAUAUUGUUGUAUAUAAAACACAAUACUUUUGUUUACUUAAAUAUGCUAGCAACACAUAAAAUCCUAGGAAGUCAACGGAACUCAAUGUUUUCAGAACCUUAAGUCAUUCUACCUAAGUAUAACACUUUUGAAAUGUAACUAAGAAAAGAUACUAAAUACUGAUAAAUGAGCGAUUAACUUGUGAAGCAUGUUAAGUUUAGGAAAACCUAUUUAUAAAUAGCUUAAGAACUGUACAAAACGUAGAAGAUGGCUAAGCCGAAGCUAAAGUGGUUAUAUUUGCCAUAUAAUUAAGACAAUUAAGUUAGUGUAUUGUGAGAUUAUUCUGGAUUUAUGUUAUAAUCACUUGUAGAAAUAGAAGUAGGAAAGUUCGUAUGUAAGGGAUCACAAGUCUCUAAUACCCGUCGGCCUUAAAUGACGCGGCUGUAUUCACCACCCAGAAGCUUAUCUAACAAUUUAACACUGCUCGCUUCCUCCCCGAGAAGCGGGCAGUAUUUGUAGUUCCCCGCCUAACACCACCUCUUACAGGCAGAUAGCUGCAGUUGUAUAAGCGAGGCAUAUUAAGGGGUUACUCUAUAGAGUUUAAUGCGUCAUCUCAAUGAGUUAACAAAAUGGAAUAGUGGUAGACUACCUGAUGGCUGAUUGCUGAAGUGCGUCAAUCGUUUGGAAACUUAAUACUCGGGCAUCGGAGACUUGUGUCCUUUCUUACGAAGUCUGAGUACCCUGAAGUUUAUUUAAUGAUAUCUGAAACAGUCAAUAUCUAGCACUGAUACAAUAUUUACCUACACUAUAUUCAGACAUCAUCGAAAUAUCCUUCAGUCAUAUCCUUCAACACAAUACCACAGUAGUUAGUAAGUAAAUUAGUUAAUAGUAGUUUUAAAUAAGUAGAUAUUAUUAUUGCUUGUAGAAUUUAAGCUUAAUAAAGUGCAUAAAUAUCGUUUCAACAAUAAACAAGUACUUAAACAAUAUAAAGGGAUGGAGAUAUACACAUAGGCAGCGCCAUCCCUUUUUACAACCGAACUGUGAGGUUAUGCAGAAGUAUCGCAUUUCCCCAUAGAUUAAAAAAUGUAUAAAGCCGUCGUUUAGUUCAAAGAUAAGCUUUAUUAAGUUUUUACUCUCCUCACUACCACCGUUGCUGUAAAGGUAAAUGCAAAUCUCGACAAAAUCCUUAUUUUAAAGAUUUUAAAGUAAACCAAUAUGUAAGGAAAAUCAUCGUGAAAGUUUGACAGCAUUUACCUUUAUCAAACUUGUGCUGCAGUAGAUCCACAGUUUUGUUAUUCUUUUAUUUAUUUAUAGUUCAAGUUAAAGUAUAAUUUGUAAGGCAAUGCAUGUUAAGUGGAAGUAGAUUGUGUAAAUAUUAUGUUGCAAUAAAUAUUAGCUAAUA